UGCAUAGAUCGUCAGCAUUGCUCUAAUACUACACCCCCCCUCCUGCUACACCCCCCUCCUUCUCUCUCUCUCUCUGUCUCUCUCUCUCUUCCUCUUUCUGCAUUGUGUUCGUCAGAGCAAGCAUGGCACUUUACAGCUCUUACUCUCUCUCACUUCACACCUGACCACAGAGCUGGUGACAAAUACUCUCUUAGCGUAGCCUGCCGAGGGGGUUGCCUGCCGAUACAGAGAGUGAGAGAAAGCGAGUGAGAGAGAGAGAGAGAAUGAAGGACAGUCUCCAGCUGUCACUCUGACAGACUUCGGGCUGUAGCCCGCUCAUACUUCCACUUUGGAACAACACAACUGCUGGCUCUGUUCUGGUCAUCGGAUAAUCCACGUUCAUGUCGUUUUGCCUGGUUGACAUUUUUGACAUGGAAUCACCCACCAAGGAGAUUGAGGAUUUUGAGAACAAUUCUCUGAAGUAUUUACAGCCGGAGCAGAUAGAGAAGAUCUGGCUGAGACUGAGAGGACUGAGAAAAUAUAAGAAGACAUCACAAAGAUUACGAUGUCUGGUGAAACAGCUGGAACGAGGUGAGGCCUCUGUUGUUGACCUAAAGAAAAACUUGGAGUAUGCAGCUUCUGUACUGGAGUCAGUGUACAUCGAGGAGACACGACGACUCGUGGACACAGAAGAUGAGCUCAGUGACAUACAAUCGGAUUCUGUGCCUUCAGAGGUGCGGGACUGGCUGGCCUCCACCUUUACGCGACAGAUGGGGUUGAUGCUUAGGCGGACAGAGGAGAAGCCACGUUUCCGCAGUAUCGUCCAUGCUGUGCAGGCUGGGAUAUUUGUAGAGAGGAUGUACCGGCGGACGUCCAACAUGGUGGGAUUAAGCUAUCCACCCAGUGUGAUCACAGUACUAAAGCAUGUGGAUACAUGGUCAUUUGAUGUGUUUGCACUGAAUGAUGCAAGUGGAGAUCAUGCACUAAAAUUUAUAUUUUACGAGCUUCUCACCAGAUAUGACCUAAUUAAUCGUUUUAAGAUCCCCAUCUCUGCACUGGUGUCAUUUGUAGAGGCCCUGGAAGUGGGAUACAGUAAACACAAAAACCCCUACCAUAACCUUGUCCAUGCAGCAGAUGUCACUCAGACUGUACACUAUUUUUUGCUCAAGACAGGCAUGGUGCACUGGCUGACAGAAUUAGAAAUCUUUGCAAUGAUAUUUGCAGCAUCAAUACAUGAUUAUGAACACACCGGGACGACUAACAAUUUCCACAUACAAACAAGAUCAGACACUGCAAUAUUGUACAAUGACCGUGCAGUGCAGGAGAACCAUCACGUGAGUUCUGCUUAUCGACUCUUACAGGAGGACGAUGAAAUGAAUAUUCUCUAUAACUUAUCAAAAGAUGACUGGAGAGAGUUCCGAACACUGGUAGUUGAGAUGGUUUUGGCCACAGACAUGUCCUGUCACUUCCAGCAGGUCAAAGCCAUGAAGAACUUCCUUCAGCAGCCAGAGGCGAUUGACAAACCAAAGGCUUUAUCACUGUUACUACACACUGCGGACAUCAGCCACCCUGCCAAAAAGUGGGAUUUGCAUCACCGCUGGACCACAUCUCUGCUGGAGGAGUUUUUCCGACAGGGGGAUAAAGAGGUAGAACUUGGCCUUGCUUUUUCUCCUCUUUGUGACCGUAAGUCCACCAUGGUGCCGCAGUCUCAGAUUGGCUUUAUUGACUUCAUUGUGGAGCCCACAUUCACUGUGCUGUCAGACAUGACAGAGAAAAUAAUGACUCCGCUCAUUGACGAGGCAUCACGCUCAGGGCUGGCAGGCUUCAGACGUUCCAGCCUGAAUAACAUCCCAUCUGAUGGCAAGCGGGCCAAUGUGAAGAGCACUGGCUCAGAGAGCAGCACUGCUCACAACUGCUCCCUACUUAGCGUUGACAUCAAGAGUUUCAAGGCUACCUGGAAUGAUGAAGUGCAUCAGAACAGAGAGAAGUGGAAAACCCAGGCAGCCAAAGAGGAAAAGGCUAAAAAGGAGGAUGAAGAGAUGAUUAAUGAGAAAGAGGCUGAUGGGAAACAGGACCUGAGUGAAGAGAAAACAGACACCACACCGGACAAAGACAAGACUGAAAAAGACCCAAAAGAAAAAUCACCCAACAAAGACAAGAAAGAUUUAUCAUUGACAGAACGCAUCAAAGUCAGCAAACAGAGGGACACAAAACCAGAGCCAUCAGACUCCACCAAGGCCAAAGUGGAUAAGAAAGAGCCUACAGAACAGCAGCCCAAAGAGGUGGAGGGCAAUAAGGACCCUGGGGGAGUGAAUGGAGCAAAACUGGAGGCUGCUAAUGAGCAGGUGAAUGCAAAAGAGCCGGACCCCAGCAGUGAUACAGACAAUAGCCAGCACGUUCAAAACGGGGAAGAGCUGGACUUACCCGACAGUGACGACUGUGACACAAAGAGCUUGGAUGAUGCAGACGAGGAGCACAACACUCAUGAAAGUUCAGCCACCUCCCUUGUAGCCAGUGCUGCAGCUGCCCCCACGCCUGAUGCACACUAACCACUCUUUCAUUUCUCAACAAGGACUCCAUCUGCUGGGCAACGUUCUCACUCCUGCACAACGGCACCAUCUGGUUGCUGCUUUGAACUUAUCUGUUUAUUUUUUUGUUUUUGUUUUUUUGUUUCUUGGUUUUAUUUUGGAAAUUGACUUUCCUUUUUUUUUUUACUUAUAAUUAUAACUUUAUAAUUUAAAUCCUUGUAUUGCUUAAUACUCUUCUGCUUUUGAUGGAAUGUUUGUACGGUCCAAUUGUUAGGCUCAAUAUUGCACAAAAUGGGCUGCAGCAUGGGAGAUAUUGGCCUAGAGUUAACCCAGUACAGGGUCAUAUUUGCCCAGUGGGUGUUGCCAUAGAGGCACAGAAAGUCUAUUAACACUUAAGCCAGUGGAAAGCAUAUGGCAGUAUGGGCAUCAUAGAAUCCCCUCCCAGCUGAGCUCUCCCUAGAGAUGAUAUACUCACACGUAUACGUAUGUACACACACACACACACACACACACACACACACACACACACACACACACACACACACACACACACACACACACACACACACACACACACACACACACAAGUGAACACAUAGGUGACUGGAAUGCCUAUAAAGCUACUGGUGUUGCAGAGCUGUGCAGUCAUUGCCAGAGAUGGGUACAUGCACACACAACCUAGCACUGACACACAGCCAGCUGAAAUGCUCUUCCUGUGACAGAACCCAGAGCUAAAUACACAUUUGUGUGGAAAAACAAGCUGAAGAAUGUCCACUCACAUUUGUUAUGUUGUUAUUGUCUGUAUGAAACUACCUGGUGCAUUGUGUCCUGUAGAAUAUGCUGAUCAGGACUUCACUAGCUCUACAGCAGUAUUCAGUAAAUGUGCGUUCUUGGAAACGUUUUUAUUUACUGCACAUGUUCGCUGAUUGAUGUGACUGAUUUCAUGUGUCUGAUGAAACAUUAGAUUGUGUCUGUUGCUUUGCUCAUAGAACUUUUUUUUUUGCUGUUGUAUAUCUUUACUUGCCAGUAAAUUAGUUCCAAGUGCUUACAUUGUUAUAAGCUCAGUGUGAAAAUUUUAAGAAAGUGUAAAUCUGAUAGGUGCCAUAUGGGUGACAUUUCUACUGUGCCAAAAUAAUAUAGAUUUGUGUGGUACAAUAUAUACCUGUGAACUUAAAAAUUAAAAAAUAGGGGAUAAAUAUUUUAAUAUAUAAAGCAGGGCAGUCAAACCUCAUAUUCUACUGACCAAACACGUGGCCAUGUGUCCAUUUCUCCAGUAUGGUAAGCUGCAUUUGUAAAUCUAGACACUGUUCAAGCCACAAUGCCAUCUUAGGUACGACACGGCUCUAUGCCUCACUGUUAAAAAUAUCAGUUGAUUGGAACUUGUAAUAUAGUAUGUGUACUUUCUGAUUUGAACAGUCAUUUGGAUUUUUCAAGCGUUCUGUAAAUAUUUACUGUAUAUAAAUAAGAACAUUUAUUUCUAACCGCCUGUGUACAGAUACAGACAGUAGACUUAUGCCUGCAAUCAGCAGUGAACAUUCGACUUAUUACGAUGUGGAAGGUCAGCAUCAUUAUAAGUUCACCAAGUUAUUUUGAUUAAAGUGUAUUAUAGAAGGUAUAACAUUUUUUAUUUUUCUUAUGUCUGGAGUUGCUGCUCCAGCUGUUCUCAGACUGUUUUAUCUUACAAAUGAUUAAAUUAAAUAAAAUCAUACCACUUCCUUUGAUGCACUUAAUUAAAUUCUUAAAGUAUAUGAGCCACCACAACGUCUCCUAGAUAGAUAUUCCCAAGCCAUAAUAAUUGUGUUCAAGUAUUUUGUAUUAAAAAAUUUAAUUCUAACAUUCCUUAUGUACUAAUAUUUUGGCUUGAUACCAUACAGAGAUUAUUCUUUAACAGGAACAAUUUUCAAAGUGCAAAUGCUAAUGGUGAAUGUAAUCAAAAGCACAUGCUCACUGUGCUGCACAUCAAGACUUGAGAAAAAUCCCACCAGAAAUAUUAAAUAACAUCUUUUAAUUUCUUUUAUACCAUUUUAUAUGUUAAAUGGUCAACAAGCGCACUGUGUUUAAAUCGUUAAUGCUGCCUUUACCAAAGAGACAAACAGAUUUAUUUUGUAGAUUAAUACUUUGUUCCUUAGCACAACCCGUGUGAGAAGAAAAAGGGUCAUGAGAUUUUGUGCAAUUUGUUUUUAUGAGGUUUAUUACGCUUAACAAUAAUUACUGCCUUAAAUUCAAUUUAUUGUACUACUGAUGUGUGAUUAUUCAAAACCUCAAUGUAGUAUCAGGUUGUUUUUUUUUCAAGAUUUUGUUUUCUGACAAGAAUGUAUGCUAAUUAUCAGUCCUUGUAUGCCAAUCAUUAUUUGUAUGAAUUGUGUGUUAUGAAUCUUUUUUCUAUUAAUGUAGUGUUCAGUGGAAACUCAGCAAUCAUGAGCUGCUUCCAACAUCAGCUUCUUCUGUCUCUGACUGUCUGCAAAAUUACUGUUUUAAGCGAUGUAGUAAGCAUAUAUCAAAUAGUUAUUUAUCAUAAUGCUGAUAUUAAAUGUAAGUGACUUCAUUUUUCCACAUAUCUUGUCACCAGCAAGUUCAGUAGGCUGAUUACAGAGCAUUAGGCAUGACAUUACAACCUGCUGACUACAGUACUGUACAAAUGUAUUAGUUAGGCAAAUCUGGAGAAAGUCUGUGAUGCAAAGUUGCUUUCAUAAUAAUUUCAUUUUUAAAAUAACAUAAGAUUAAACACAAUCAACAUUUUGAUCUGUCCACACCAUUUAAUAUGAAAUUUAAAUGAAAUUUAAAUAAAAUUUAGGUUGAGUAGUUCCAUAGGAAGAUGGUUGGAUGUUUGGAUGGUUGGUCACUCAGAAUCCAUGUUUUUUUUUUUUUUUUAAGAAAAGUGGUCUAAAAUCCUCCUUCCUUUAAUGACACACAAUUUUAAAUUCUAUUUUAUUUAUUUAUUUAUUUAUUUUUUUUGGAAAAAAGCAUCUUCUUCUGAUGCAGUAAUUGACGAGAAUAUAAAAUAAACAAAAUCUAAGACUGCCUGCAAAGCCUUUGCACAAUACUGUAAAACACAUGCCUAGUGCUGCUAAUACAAUCCAAAUGGUUGUGAGAAUUCUAUUUUCUUUUCACAUUAAAGGUCACUCUGAGCGUACUAUUGCCCUCAGGGGUGAGAUGACCGACAGACCUGUUAACUGCAUCUGUUUGCUUAGUCACCUUAUCAGCAGUCAGCUGUGACAUGAAGUGUGCAGUGAAAUAUACUCCAUAGAACAUAGGGAAACAGUGAAUACAGUGAAAUAUUGCCUUAAUUUUUUUGUUGUUGUUUGUUUGUUUUUGAUGUCUUUUUUCUCAUUUAUAAAAGCAAACUGCCAGGUGUUUAAAUUAGUUAUGUCCGUCAAUGUCUAUGUUUCUGUCAUGGCAUUGUGUGGGUUUCAUUCACUUCUCUGGAAUUUGUACUGACAGAAUGUAAUAAUAAUAAUAAUAAUAAUAAUAAUAAUAAUAAUAAUAAUAAUUUCUUAUUGAUAAAAGUGAAGCGUGAACUAAUAGAUGAUCAGUAGCAGAUUUUUUCGAUUAAGAGAAGUUUAGUAAGCAGCUCAGUGCCGUCCCCUGCAGGUUGUCUUAUGUACCGCAUCAUAAACAAUGUGAACGUGUGAAAAAAAAUGUUUUAAUCACAUGGUUUUUUUUUUAAGUUCAGUUUUGUGGACUCUUUUUAAAGCAUAAGCCAUAAAAUGAUAUAAUUGUAUGUAUCCUUUGCAAAUUUGACAUAUUGAGAUUCCACACUAAUGUCCUGUUCAAACUUUUUUUUUUCAAGUAGGAGGAAACAAUCACAAACCAAGAGAGACACGUGGUGGUGCGAUCCUGUUUGUUUCAGAUGCUCCAUCAUUGCACUUUUGUGCCAAUAAAUCUAAACUCAAAGGGCUCA